AUGUUAACUCUCCCACCAUAUUGUACGCCCUCCCAUGAUUGUGAUUCAAUCAAAAUCCAUUUCCGGUUUGGGUUUGAUCCCAAAACUGAUGAUUACAAAGUGGUCAAGCUCACAGGCCUUAUUGGACCACGAACAUAUGCCAUUAGAUGGUGGCUGCAAAUUGAGAUUUAUAGCAUGAGAAAGGGUUCCUGGGAGUUGAUUACUGAAAGGUUUCCAUCGCACAUCACAAACCUUAUUGAUGGCGAUUCUGUUUGUGUUGAUGGCCAUGACGGGCAUCUUCAUUGGCUUGGUUAUGUUAAUGAGGAGGAAGAUCCAAAAACGAUAGUGGCAUUUGAUUUGGGUUCAGAGAUAUUCCGUGAGAUACUUUUUCCAAAUUCUAUACUACAUCAAAACCGUGUGAAUGUUUUAGGAGUUUUGUCUGAGAAGCUCUGUGUGAUGUUAUAUAUUGAGGAUGUUGCAUAUGAGGUGUGGGUGAUGGAUGAGUAUGAGGUGGCUGAAUCAUGGGUCAAACGCCAUGUCUUAUCACCGUUUUUCGAUGAUACAUGGCCAUAUGGAUUCACAUCACACAAUGAGUUUCUUAUUGAAGAUAAUGGUUAUCUUGUCUUGUAUGAUUCAUCUGCAAACAAGCAGUGUAUCUUGGAGGAUCAUUGUGCUGAAGAAUAUGGUGUAGAAAAAAUUGUGGAGUAUGUCGACAGUUUUGUUUGGGUAGCACCUGCCAAGCAUGAGAUGGUGGAUGGUUGA